GAAGCUGAAGCGCCUCUCGCUGGUUGGUCGGCUCAGACGAGGAACUGAGGGAAAAUGGCCGCGGUCGGUGUUUUCGCGUUAGCAGCGUUGGUUUUGUCGUGUAAAUGCGACUCUGUGGAAAAACCAAGCGAUGCCACGGGAGCAGGGACCGGCUCUGAGGCGGAGCGCAGCGGCCCGGCGGCGGCGAGCGCGGGCUCUGAGGCUCCGGGCGGCGGUGCAGGAGCUGCGGUCAGCCUGCCGGACAGCUGUGAGGAGGAGCUGCUCAUCAGACCCCUACACUCGGGGGACAUUUACGCCAGCUUCCAGUUCAGGACACUGUGGGACACGGACUUUCUCCACCAGGGAAAGAAAGUUUCCCACUACCGGCUAUUCCCAAAGUCUCUGGGCCAAGUGCUGUCCAAGUUCUCUGUGCGGGAGCUACACAUCUCCUUCACUCAGGGCUACUGGAGGACGAUGCAGUGGGGGCAGCCCAUCGUCCCCUCUCCUCCUGGGGCUGAGCUCUGGGUGUGGUUCCACAACACUGUGGCGGAUGUGGACGGGAACUGGAAGGAGCUCACCAAUGUUCUGUCGGGCAUCUUCUGUGCUUCUCUAAACUUCAUUGACUCAACCAACACAGUGCAGCCUAGUGCCUCCUUUAAACCUCUGGGACUAGGAAAUGCUACUGACCAUCGCUUCCUCCGUUACGCCACUUUACCACGUGAAAUUGUCUGUACUGAGAAUUUGACUCCUUGGAAGAAGCUCCUCCCUUGUGGCUCUAAGGCUGGCCUGGCGGUUCUGAUGAAGUCAGAGAAACUGUUUCACAGCAGCUUCCACUCUCAGGCAGUGCACAUCAGACCUGUCUGUAAGGAUUGGCAGUGUUCAAGCACAGCAUGGGAACUAAGGCAGACUCUCAAUGUCGUGUUCGACCUCUACACCUCGGGACAAGGCAAAAAGGAGUGGUCCCUUUUCAAGAUGUUCUCUCGCACUUUAACUGAGGCCUGCCCGUUGGCAUCUUCUAGCAAAGUCUACGUGGAUGUCACCGAUAACCCAGAGGGGGAGCUGUUCGACUUGAGCCCAGCCACCUCUGUCCUCAAUACAGCUGUGGUGCUUGGAGAUCGCAGGACAUACUCUGUAUAUGAUCUGACCCAAAAAGAGACGUUUGGCCAGCUGCGCUCACUCAAUCUUGUACUGCGUUGGAAAGGGGAAAGCGGUGACAUGCUGCGUCCCCUGCUUCAUGCAGAGCGCUAUGUGGCCGGCUUCGGACUCCAGACAGGUGAGAUCCACACCUUGAUCUAUAAUAACCACCCGUAUAGGGCCUUCCCUGUGCUUCUGCUGGACUCGGUGCCCUGGUACCUCCGACUUUACAUCCAUACCCUGACUGUCACCAGCAAAACACGUGAGAACAAGCCAAGCUACAUUCACUACCAGCCUUCAAAGGACCGCCUGCGUCCUCAUCUCCUUGAGAUGCUGGUGCAGUUGCCUCCUCACUCCGUCACUGAGGUCACCGUGCAGUUUGAACGAGCCUUGCUCAAAUGGACCGAAUACACUCCAGAUCCCAACCACGGCUUCUACGUUGGAUCGUCUGUGAUUAGUGCUCUUGUGCCAAGUGUCGUUGCCAUGGACACCAACAACACUCAAGAGCGGCCACUGUUCAGCAGCUUCUUCCCCACCAAAGAGGAGUCGAGCUACUUCGUGCGGGUGUACACCGAACCUUUGCUGGUUAAUUUGCCCACGCCUGACUUCAGCAUGCCCUAUAACGUGAUCUGCCUCACCUGCACAGUGGUGGCAGUCGGCUACGGCUCCUUCUACAACCUGCUUACACGCACCUUUCAGGUGGAGGAGCCCAGCCAGCCACUGGCUAAACGCCUGGCCAACGUCAUCCGUCGCAUAAGGGGUGUGCCACUGCUCUGAAGCACCAGCUACAGGACAUGAAUCCAACCAUCUGAGCUCCUUAAUAGGCAGCUAGAUGAAUCGCAACAGAGGAACGGAUAUCUGUGGAGGUCAGUCUUUGGAAGAACAUGAAGCCAAGGCUGAUGUUUAUGGAACUCAGGCAAGAUGAAAGGAGCUCGUGAAGAAUGUCGGUACUAAAGGCCACUUGAAUUCUUUCCCCGGGCUAAAAGGGAGGAACGUGAUGUUAUGGGUCUGGGUUUUGGCUUUUUGUUUACACGGGGGAAAAAGUGUUUUUCAAACAUAAGGGACAAAUUUAGGUCUUUAAAAAAAAAAAAAAAAAAAAAAAGUUUCUCACUCCACUCAUCUGGAAGAGGCACUGGCAGCAGAGUGAAAUAUGAAACCCUCUGGAUUAAUGGCAUGUGGGUCUGACUGAGCCAUUAGUCAUUCUGCAGUACAUCAAAGCAAAUCCGGGGAGGAUGGAGAGGAGAGUCCAAAAAUUAAGCAGAUACUUUCCAUUAUGGGUAAUGCACUGAAAUUGUUCUUGAUGUGGGAUAGCCAACCAUGCUUUGUGUUUGUUUCUGCUUUAAUAAGAUGCUUUGAUCUGUGAUCUGCUUUUUAUUUGAACUGCUCAGAUAUGAGUACAGCUAAAUGAACCUGACAGCCAAGUCAGUUACAAUGGAAAACCUAUUAAAAACGGCAAUUUUUUAAUUUAUGGAACAGAGAUGCAUGAUGGGGCUUUUAAUUGUCAAGCUGUGAUCACAACAGUUGUAUGUAUUAUUUUUGCCAAAACAAUAAAUCGGUUCGAAGUGAGAAA